CGAUGUUGAGUUAGUAGAUAGAAUCGGAAUUAAAGCCUCUCCCACAGUCGCUGCAGAUUUUUCAUCAUCAAACAAAAAACAAUCAGUCUUCGGCCUCUGUUCAGGAAAAUCGGUGUUAUUGAAUCGUCGUCAUGGCAUUAAAAUUACUCGUUGGUCAAAAGAUUAUGAACGAGGUGGUCCGUUACAAUGGAACACCGAGUAAAGCCAACCCCACCGGAAAACCCGGUAUUGAAUGGAGGAUUCUGAUUGUCGACAAGCUUGCCAUGCGAAUGGUUUCUGCGUGCACCAAAAUGCACGAAAUAAGUGCUGAAGGCAUUACUCUGGUUGAAGAUAUCAAUAAGAAGCGAGAACCAUUACCGGCCAUUGAGGCUGUGUAUUUGAUCACUCCGUCAGAAGAUUCCAUUAGAUUGCUGAUGAGAGAUUUUGAGAAUCCAGCUAAACCAACGUAUAAGGCCGCUCACGUGUUCUUCACGGAAGUGUGCCCAGAAGAACUAUUCAACGAUAUUUGCAAAUCUGUUGUGUCCAGAAAAAUCAAAACGCUGAAGGAAAUCAAUAUCGCGUUUCUUCCCUACGAAUCCCAGGUUUAUUCGCUGGACUCUCCGGUUACAUUUCAAUGUGCUUACUCGCCGGCCUUAGCCUCGGCAAGGUACGGCAAUAUGGAACGUAUUGCAGAGCAAAUCGCAACUCUCUGUGCCACCCUUGGCGAAUACCCAUCAGUGCGCUAUAGAGCAGAAUGGGAAGGAAACAUGGAGUUGGCCCAAAUGGUACAGCAAAAACUGGAUGCCUACAAAGCUGAUGAACCGACCAUGGGUGAAGGUCCAGAAAAAGCAAGAUCACAAUUGCUCAUCAUUGACCGCGGUUUCGACUGCGUUUCUCCUCUGCUCCACGAGCUAACUUUGCAAGCAAUGGCGUACGAUUUACUUCCAAUUGUUAAUGAUGUGUAUAAGUUCAUUCCAUCGCCAAAUGCUGCAGAAAAGGAAGUUUUGUUGGACGAAAAUGACGAUUUGUGGGUUGAUUUGCGCCAUCAGCAUAUUGCUGUUGUAUCACAAAGCGUUACGCAGUAUUUGAAAACCUUCACCGAAUCUAAGAGACUCACUCAGACGGAGAAGCAGUCUAUGAAAGAUCUUUCGCAGAUGAUUAAGAAAAUGCCGCAAUAUCAGAAGCAAUUGUCCAAGUAUUCCACCCAUUUGCAUUUGGCAGAGGAUUGCAUGAAAUCCUACCAGGGAUAUGUGGACAAGCUGUGCCGGGUGGAACAAGAUCUUGCCAUGGGUACCGACGCAGAAGGAGAGAAAAUUAAGGAUCACAUGCGCAACAUUGUACCGAUAUUGUUGGACCAGUCAGUGUCCAACUACGAUAAGGUUCGCAUUAUCGCUCUGUACGUCAUGAUUAAAAAUGGCAUUUCCGAAGAGAACUUGACCAAACUGGUCACGCACGCCCAGAUCGAACCAAAGGAAAGAGAAAUGAUCACCAAUUUGAGCUACCUGGGAAUCAACGUCAUUGCUGAUGGCAACCGUAAAAAAGGAUAUUCGGUACCAAGGAAGGAGCGUAUAAAUGAACAUACCUAUCAGAUGUCAAGAUGGACUCCGGUCAUUAAGGAUAUCAUGGAAGAUUCUAUCGAUAAUAAAUUGGACGAAAGACAUUUCCCGUUCCUUGGGGGACGUAAAACAGCUGGAUUCCAUGCACCUACCAGUGCUCGCUAUGGUCACUGGCACAAGGAUAAGUCACAGACGGCGGUCAAAAAUGUACCGCGCCUCAUUGUGUUCGUUAUUGGCGGAGUGAGCUACUCUGAAAUUCGUUGCGCCUACGAAGUGACGGCCGCCGUUAAAAAUUGGGAAGUGUACAUUGGCUCGUCCCAUAUUUUAACCCCAGAAACAUUCCUCAGCGAUCUUGGAUCAUUGAAUAAAGAAUAAAAAACAGUCAAUAUACUUGCCUAAGGCGCUAAUUUACCAUAAUUGCGGAUAUGUUACAUUUAUGCUGUGGAAUGUGCAUGUUUCGGAACGAUUAAACUUAUAUCACAAAAUCGAGAAUCGAUAACUACAAUGGGACACGUUAUCCAUUUGAAGAACUAAUUCAAUUAAAAUUUAUCAAGUUGUUUGCUUCGUUAUUAUUUAGAUUACUAUGUAUAUAUGAAAACGUGCAUGAGUAAAUAAGGAAAUUUUUUCGUUAAUAUAUAUUCCAACUUAUAACCAGCAAUCUAAUAGCUUUUACCCUCAUCAACAGUUUGUUACAUUUAUAAGUAGUACCUACUUCAUAGCUGUCCGGAAGAUAGUCAUUCGCUCGUGUUAUUAGUAAAGCAUCUCGCUAUAAACUAUACAAAAGUAUUAAAUAUAUAGAAGUGUAUCACA